AUGGAGCGCAACUUGAGAGACUCGAAGUGCUUCACCGUCACCCUAUUCGAUAGACACCAGUCUGAGUACACCAAUGCCGAGACGAUGCCGACCGGAACCUUUUCACUUGGGACGUACCGAGUUUUCCUUCAGGAUCGUACAUGCAACUGUGGAUACUUUCAGUCACGGCUUGACUGGUCUAUCUAUGUCGACGAAGUCUACACUAUGCAAAAGGUGUUCAGGGUGUACCAGAUAGGUUUUAUGCCGCCAAUACUAGAAGGACUUUGGCCACCUUAUGAUGGUCCGACCGUUAUUCUAGAUCCUAGCUCGAGGCAUUAUCGUGAUGGGCGACUGAGGUCUACCAGAAUCCGGAACAACAUGGAUGAGGCCGACCUUAACCGAUCGAAGCGAUGUGAGCCCUGCAGACAGCCUGGGCACACGUGUAGAUCUUGCUCCCAGAGAGGCUCCACCGCUGCUGGUAGUUCGUAG